ACAUAUGAUCAAAUACUAUAUACAUUAGACAAGUAUGCAAAUAAGUUUGAAGUUUAAAAUACGAGAGGAGUUUGAAAAUGUGCAUAUUCAGCAUAUAUUUUUAUUGUAGGUUGUUAAUGUGCACCAUCCAGGUUCAAAGUUUUAUUCAACCUAGAAAAUCAAAGCUUUAGAAUUAAAAUCCUUAUCAUCUAAUGCUGAUUAAAAACAUGCUGACAAGACAUCAUUAACAUAAUAAAAUAAAAUAUAAUACCCUUACCCUAAGCCUGCCACUAUGUUCAUUACAAAGUCCAUGAUGUCAAUGUGCAGAUGUCCGUCAUACAUAAUCAGUAAAGCACUUUAGAUAAGCUCUGGUAUAUUUAAUGCAGGUUCCACAUUGUUCAAGGGCUGUUGUGUUUGUGUCAAAAUAAGAGCAUGUCCACCUUCCACCCUGACAUUUACACCCUAACACAUUUAAAAACACACCAGACAAAACAACUAAUAGUACUAAAUCUGUUAUAACUAUGAUGAAAUACAUUUAGAUUAAAUAAAAAACAACAGUAAUGAGUUAGUAGAUAGUGUCUUUGGCAAUUUGUAAGUCCUGCUGUUUACUGACAUUGAUUAUGUGAUUUUGACCAGAAAAACUUAACUCUCACUGUUUUUUUCACAAUAGUGUUGCAGAUUCUUUGGCAAUUUAUAAGAGAAGAAUCAAGUCUUCGAGGUGCCGUGCCCCCAAAAAACAGCAUCCUUCUCCGGGAGUGAGAGCCAGGGAGGAAAGAUGGCAGCAUCUAAAAGGGUCCUUCUUGCAACUUUGGAGCAUUUGGGCACCGAGGAGUUUAGAAAAUUCAAGUGGUACCUGCAAGGGGUUCUGGAAAGCUUCCCAGCCAUCAAAAAGAGUCAAUUGGAGAAUGCAGACAGAGAGGACACAGUGGAUCAGAUGGUGCAGGCCUACUGUAUAAACACUAUUAAAGUGACCACAAUGGUUUUACGGGAGAUGAAUCUGAAUGAUCUUGCAGAGAAAUUGUCAAUACCGACCUCAAAACCCACAGAGAUUCCUGUUGAGUGCCAGCAAAAAUUAAAAUCUAAAUUACGGAAGAAGUAUCAAUAUGCUUUCGAAAAAAUCACACAAUCAAGAAAUUCAACUCUUCUAAAUAAGAUCUAUACAGAGAUCCACGUUACAAUGGAAGAGACUGGAGAGGUCAACAUGGAACAUGAGGUCAGACAGAUUGAAACAGCAUCCAGGAAACCAGACAGACCAGAAACAACAAUCAGACAAGAAGACAUCUUUAAAGCCUCACCUGGAAGAGAUGAACCAAUCAGAACAGUGAUGACAAAGGGAGUGGCUGGCAUUGGGAAAACAGUCUUAACACAGAAGUUCACUCUGGACUGGGCUGAAGACAAAGCCAACCAGGACAUACAGUUCACAUUUCCAUUCACUUUCAGAGAGCUGAAUGUGCUGAGAGAGAAAAAGUACAGCUUGGUGGAACUUGUUCAUCACUUCUUUACUGAAACCAAAGAAGCAGGAAUCUGCAGGUUUGAAGAGUUCCAGGUUGUGUUCAUCUUUGACGGUCUGGAUGAGUGUCGACUUCCUCUAGACUUCCACAACACUGAGAUCCUGACUGAUGUUACAGAGUCUACCUCAGUGGAUGUGCUGCUGACAAACCUCAUCAGGGGGAACCUGCUUCCCUCUGCUCGCCUCUGGAUAACCUCUCGACCUGCAGCAGCCAAUCAGAUCCCUCCUGAGUGUGUUGACAUGGUGACAGAGUUAAGAGGGUUCACUGACCCACAGAAGGAGGAGUACUUCAGGAAGAGGUUCACAGAUGAGAAGCAGGCCAGCAGAAUCAUCUCCCACAUCAAGACCUCACGAAGUGUUCACAUCAUGUGCCACAUCCCAGUCUUCUGCUGGAUCACUGCUACAGUUCUGGAGAAAGUGUUGAAGACCAGAGAGGGGGGAGAGCUGCCCAAGACCCUGACUGAGAUGUUCAUCCACUUCCUGGUGGUUCACUUCAAACUGAAGAACGUCAAAUAUGAUAAAAGAACAGAGACGGAUCCACAUUGGAGUCCAGAGAGCAGGAACAUGAUUGAGUCUCUGGGAAAACUGGCUUUUGAGCAGCUGCAGAAAGGCAACCUGAUCUUCUAUGAAUCAGACCUGACAGAGUGUGGCAUCGAUAUCAGAGCAGCCUCAGUGUACUCAGGAGUGUUCACACAGAUCUUUAAAGAGGAGAGUGGACUGUACCAGGACAAGGUCUUCUGCUUCAUCCAUCUGAGUGUUCAGGAGUUUCUGGCUGCUCUUCAUGUCCAUCUGACAUUCAUCAACUCUGGAGUCAAUCUGCUGGCAGAAGCAAAGUCCUGUGGGGCUGAGGUACAGACGAACAAACAUGAACCAACAAAUCUCUAUCAGACUGCUGUGGACAAGGCCUUACAGAGUCCAAAUGGACACCUGGACUUGUUCCUCCGCUUCCUUCUGGGUCUUUCACUAGAAACUAAUCAGGCCCUCCUAAGAGGUCUGCUGACACCGACAAGAAAUUGCUCACAGACCACUCGGGAAACAAUCCAGUACAUCAAGAAGAAAACCACUGAGAAUUUCUCACCAGAGAGAAGCAUCAAUCUGUUCCACUGUCUAAAUGAACUGAAGGACCGUUCUCUAGUGAAUGAGAUUCAGUGGUACCUGAAAUCAGGAAGUCUCUACACAGCUAAACUCUCUCCUGCUCAGUGGUCAGCUCUGGUCUUCAUCUUACUGUCAUCAGAAAAAGAUCUGGACAUGUUUGACCUGAAGAAAUACUCUGCUUCAGAGGAGGCUCUUCUGAGGCUGCUGCCAGUGGUCAAAGCUUCCAACAAAUCUUUGCUGAGUCUUUGUAAACUGUCAUGGAGAAGCUGUGAAGCUCUGUCCUCAGUUCUCAGCUCCCAGUCCUCUAGUCUGAGAGAGCUGGACCUGAGUAACAACGACCUGCAGGAUUCAGGAGUGAAGCUUCUCUCUGCUGGACUGAAGAGUCCACACUGUGUAUUAGAAACUCUCAGUCUCUCAGGCUGUCUGAUCACAGAGGAAGGCUGUGUUUCUCUGGCCUCAGCUCUGAGUUCCAACCCCUCCCAUCUGAGAGAGCUGGACCUGAGCUAUAACCAUCCAGGAGACUCAGGAGUGAAACUGCUGUCUGCUGGACUGGAUGAUCCACACUGGAGACUGGACACUCUGAGGGUGGACAACGGUGGAGAACACAGGCUCAAACCUGGACUGAGAAAGUAUUUCUGUGAACUCACGGUGGACCCAAACACAGUGAACAGAUUCCUUAAACUGUCUGACAACAACAUGAAGGUGACUCGGAUGAGAGAGUGUCAGUCAUAUCCUGAUCAUCCAGAGAGAUUUGAUGACUCCUGUCACCUGCUGUGUAGCAAUGGUCUGACUGGUCGCUGUUACUGGGAGGUUGAGUGGGAAGGGGAAGUUCAUGUAGCAGUGACUUACAGAAGAAUCAGCAAAAGAGGAAACAGCAAGGGCAGCAGGUUUGGAAGGAAUGAUCUCUCCUGGAGUCUGGGUUGCUUUGGUGAUGGUUACUCUGUUUUUCACAAUAGUAGAAGAACAGACCUUCAUCCUUCCUCUUCUUCCUCCGGUAGAGUAGCAGUGUAUGUGGACUGUCCUGCUGGGACUCUGUCCUUCUACAGAGUCUCCUCUGACACACUGAUCCACCUCCACACCUUCUACACCACAUUCACUGAAUCUCUUUAUCCUGGGUUUGGGUUUCGCACAUUUGACUCCUCAGUGUUUCUGUGUUCUCUAGGUUAGAGAGUCUCCUCUGUAGAAAAACUCUCAUACUGCUGACUAAAGAUGGCUGCUUAUGUGGUAUUAAGUCAUAGUAUUUAAAGACCUGUCAAUCCAUUUGGGACUUAUAACAGAUUCCAAUAAUUUGAUUUAAAUUUUGGUACUGGAUGGAGCAUCACUUUGUUUUACAAUAUCAAAAUAACAUUUGCUUUUUCUAUAUUACAAAAGAUGAAAAGACGAAAAACAUAAUUAAACUCAAUAUAGAACAGUUUAGGGUGACCAGAUGAGAAUGAGUGAAACUCCCUGUAAAAACACCAGACAAACAAACAAAUUGAUUGAGAGUUUUCUCGUUUGAAGUCUUUCCUUCUGGUGACAACAACAGAUUGUUGCUCAUCUCACCCAUAUGCGAUAAUUAUUAAUGACAAUUUGGCAUUGCUCCAAAAUACAUAAUAGUACACUGCAAUAUUUUUUAAUAUUAGUGUCACUAAUCUAUUACUCUCACUGGUUCAGGAUAGGAUGGGCUGUCCCAAAUGUUUCAGGUCACCUUAGUGCAAUAUCCAGUGGACAUUAGAGGAAAUGCAGUUUAACGCACUUCAGCUCUGACGUCAACGGUCUGCUGAUGAGGCUGCUGAUUGGUCAAGUUGCAGACAUCACCAUAUCGCCAUCCACAAUGAGCCAUGUUGUUAUCAAAAAUAAUAGAUUAUCCUGCUUUAACCACUGCUACUUCUCAGUGAUCAAAGUUUUAUUUGUAUGAAGGAAUCACGGAAAUGUAUUGUUAUACACCACAAGAAUGUGUAACGGACUGACAAUUUGCAGUUCCUUCUUAUUUUCAUUCAUAUUUUGAGUUAACACACGUAAACAGUGGUUUUUAUUCAACAUUUUUCCGUUUUAUAUUAUAAAUCCAGUGUUCAGUCACUUUGUUCGAGCUUCUCAGAAACACAAAUAUAUGUUUUUUGUAUUUUUAUUAACAUCUGUGUAAUCAUCUCAAUCAUCUGAUUUUUUUUUUUAUCUUUGAUUUUAACAAACUGCAUCAAGUAAAUUAGCCAAUCUUCAUUGAGUUGUUAAUCUUUGUUUUAAGUUCUUAUUUCGGAAACAAGCUCAGAAAAGAUUCAUUGUUUGGAAGUGUUUGAUUUAUUCUAAAGCUGAUAUCUGCUGAAUCACAUGUGUAUUACUGUUCAGCAUAUACAACAUUUAGACCAAAUCUAAAUUAUAUCAACAUUGUGAUGUUUGGAUAUCUUCUUCAAUAAAUGUUAUGAGACAAAAACUGAA